GGGAAGUGAGAGAAGCAAAGUCACAGUAAAGGACUGACUGAACGAGGCAGUGUUCAUCACUGAGACUUUCAUCAUGGGGCAGUGGUCCUUCUUGUCUGAUCUGUUGGACAAGGUGCAGUCUCACUCCACUGUUGUGGGGAAGGUCUGGAUGAGUGUUCUGUUCCUCUUCAGAAUCUUUAUCCUGGCCGCUGGUGUAGAUACAAUAUGGGGGGAUGAACAAGCAAACAUGGACUGCAACACCAGAAGCCCUGGUUGCAAGAACGCCUGCUACGAUAAAUCUUUCCCUAUGUCUCACUCACGCUUCUGGGUCCUCCAGAUCCUAAUUGUCUCCACACCGACACUCAUCUAUCUGGGGCACGUCCUGCUGGUGAUUCGCAGAGAGAACAAGUUGAGGAGACGCGUGGAGCAGAAAUUUGGUAAGAAUGGGAUGGUUAAAGCUCCAACGUACUCAGAUGAACACGGCAAGGUGCAGCUGAAGGGUGUCCUGCUGGUCAGCUACAUGAUACAGCUGCUGUUCAAGGUCCUGCUUGAGGUGGGAUUCAUCGUAGGCCAGUAUUACCUCUACGGCUUCAUAUUCAUGCCCACUAAGAUCUCAUUUCCCCACUAUCCCUGUCCAUCCCCGGUGGACUGCUUCAUAAGUCGUCCCACAGAGAAAACCAUCUUUAUUGUCUUUAUGAUGGCGAUGGCCGUCUUCUCUGUGGUCCUCAACAUCGUGGAGAUGUUCCACCUGAUCACCAGCAAGAUUAAGGAGCGGAAGAGGAGGAGCAGUGGCUCAGUCCCGUCAGAGGUGUACAGCCUCACCUCGCCGAAGCACAGCGAGAGAGUCACACUGUGCUGAGAGACUAUGAACAGACAUUCAGCUUCACCUGCAGUCCGCUGCUUCUCGCUUUGCUCAAGAUUGUUAGAGAUGAAUGUUGAGAUGACUCAUAUCCAAUUUCAAACUGUCAGAGUACCUACAGUGAUUCAUCAUAGAUUUUGCCUUUUACUUGUAGCUUUAAAUAAAUGAGGUCUGUAGAGCAGCACUAUAAUUUGUAUUCAACCAUUUCCAUCAAACUGGUCAAUGUGAAUGUGACAGGGACUAUUAAAUAAUGUGCUUGUGUGAAAAUUAAACUUUUGAAAUAGUUUCAGGUAUUUCAAAUGUAAAUUGGACGGAUGUGGUUCUGGACCUGGUGAGUCUGUGGCUUUAAGAGUUUCUAGAAAUGAAGGAAAGAUAAUUAACUUUAUUUAUAGCACUUUUCAUUACAAAUAGUCUUUAUAAAAGUCAUCUUAUGGUGGCUGAAACACUAGUUCACUGUCACUUUGACCUGGGUCAUUUUAAAAAUUCACCUCCGUACAAAUGUUAGUUUGGAGCUGAUAACUUCAUUAGGAUGUUUGUUGAUUUCUUAUAGUUUAUGUCUGUGUAUUAGUGGGAACUAUUAAAGACACACAGCUGUUCUACAACCCAUUUCAUAUUGUUUCAUUUACAGAUUGUCAUUGUUUACUCUGCUGCUGUACAGUGGAAUAUUUCUCCUUUAAGAAUAAAACUGUUUUUUAAUCAUGAAAUAAGUUAAAUCAAUAAAUCAGUGGAUAAUG